GUGAGGGGUAUUUUAGUGAAUACAUAUUUAGAGCGAGGUUAUAAUCGUCACUUGUGUUGCAGGAACGGGGAGAAGAGAGGCAGGCGCCUUCUUCUCUCUUUCAUCUUUCAGAAUGAAGAAGACCAACAUUUUCCCUUUCAGUUUUACAGAUCAAAGGAGAAAUUGAAGCAACAAAUCUUUCACCGUAAUCCAAUUCAGAAUCACCAUUAAAAGAUACAGAUACAGAAGGCAACAGAGAGAGAAAUUGGAGGGAAAAUAAGAAGAAAAGGGUUUUUUAGGGGAUGGGGGACUUCAACCUAGCGCUGGUGAUUGUGGCUGCUGUGGUAUGCGUUCUGGUGUUCAUAUUCAAUGUGUAUUUGCUGAUCAAUUACCAGCACCCGGACGAUGUGAACCAGGCCUACUUCCCCAAAUUCAUUGUGGUUUUGGGGCUCUCGGUGGCCGCCAUCUCCAUCCUGAUGCUUCCGGCGGAUGUGGCCAACAGGCAGGCGUGCAAGAACUCCAUUUACAACGGGGCCUGCAACCUCACCCUCCCAAUGAAGGACCUGUGGCUCGCCAUCUACAUUGUCGAUGCGAUCCUCGUCUUCUUCGUCAUCCCCUUCGCCAUGUUCUAUUACGAGGGUGAUCAGGACAAGAGCGUGGGGAAACGGGUCCUGAGCGCUUUGAUGUGGGUUGUUGCGACUGCCAUUGUAUGCGGGCUUGUGCUUGGUAUUCUCUACGGUCUUGUUGGUAAGGUAGACUUCACUGUUAUGCAUCUCUCCUCAUCUACAGCUAGCUUCCCGAGUACUUGGACUAGCCUUUCAAGAUCUCAACCAUGUCUAGGAGCAUCUCAUCAGUGUGCAGCAUAUUCCACGACUGCUUCUGCUGAGACCACUUGGACUAUGAGGACUACCUUUCCAGAAUAUGUUGUUGCUCUUGCCACCAUUGUAGGAUCAGUACUUUUCACUAUAUUUGGAGGUGUGGGCAUAUUUUGUUUGCCUUUGGGACUUAUAUUUUCAUUCAUUCGUCGGCCAAAAGCUGUUAUUACUCGUUCUCAGUAUAUUAAGGAGGCAACUGAGUUAGGGAAAAAGGCAAGAGAGUUGAAGAAAGCAGCAGCUACCCUUCAUCAGGAAGAGAAAAGUGGUUCCAAGGGCAGAAAAUGGCGCAAAAAUGUGAAGGCAGUUGAAAAGGAAUUGCUUCUCCUAGAAGAAGAUAUGAAAGCUUUGGAGGAGAUGUUUCCCCAAGGGGAAAAGGCAGAAACUUCUUGGGCAUUAACUGUUCUCAGUUACUUGGGCAAACUGGUUCUUGGAAUCAUCGGGCUGUGUGUUUCAGUGGCUUGGGUUGCGCAUAUUAUUAUAUACUUGUUGAUCAAUCCCCCUCUUUCUUCAUUUCUAAAUGAGGUCUUCAUCAAGUUGGAUGACGUGUGGGGGCUUCUUGGCACUGCGGCAUUUGCGUUCUUCUGCUUCUAUUUGCUGCUUGCUGUGAUAGCUGGUGCAAUGGUGCUAGGUUUGAGAUUUGUUUUCAUCACCAUUCAUCCCAUGAAGUGGGGGGGCACCUUAAUGAACUCUUUUCUUUUUAAUGUCGGCCUCAUUCUACUUUGCUCUAUCAGUGUGAUCCAGUUCUGUGCCACAGCAUUUGGUUAUUAUGCACAAGCCACUGCAGCCCAAGAAAUUUUUGGUCACACUUUAAAGUCCCUUCGUGGAAUUAAAUAUUUAUACAAGUACAAUGUGUUCCAAAUUGCGUUUAUCGUGUUUGCGGGUCUUACAUUCAUCUACUACGCAUUAUUUGGAUGGAGAAAGAGAAAGCAAACUGGUAGGUUUCAGCUUUCCUCUUAGAACUGAGCUCAUCCAGAUUGGUGUGUGACUAUCCUAUCUGCUGCUUUUGCCAAUGGCUGCCACUUGUUCAGAAGAGGGUACAGAGCAUUCUCUUUUCAAGAGUGAUUUUCGCAAUUUGGGAUCUCCAGAUCUGAUUUUGUUGCGCCCUCCUUUUCCCUCUGUACUUAUAGUAACCAGCAUCAGUUUGGAUGUGCCAUGUCUUAUACCGGUUUGUGACAUCUCUUACUGUAAUUUGAUGAGGAAUUCAUUUUGUGAAGUGAGAUUGAGAUUGGUGAUUAUUUCGCCUUGUUAAUAGAAGUUAUAGAUUGGUGUAUUGUACUGACUACUAAGAUGGAUACUUCAAGUUUUAUAUCAGAGUUCCUUGUAUUAGGUUUUGUA